CCCAAGGCCGACUUGAAUACUGAAGAGAUUUGACACAAAGGACCAAGAGGUCAGCAAAUGCGACCUCAAUGGGGGCCACAGUCAACAUCGAAAAGCUACACAGAGGCAACGACGAUGCGUGGGCUUUCAAAGCGCAGAUGCUUUGGAUUAUGACCAGCAUGUGUGACUCCCUGACCGGCACGGUUAGUAAGCCCCUGAACAGUUACGGCGCCGCUGACAACAAGCACAGACAGGAUGAGGCAUUGGCGACGCUGGCGCUUGUUAUUGACGACAAGAUCACCGGCUCGAUUCGCAUGGUGAAGGCGGCUAAAGAACUGUGAAGAACAUUGGAAGCCAAGUACCAGCCCUAGAAAUGAUCUGUCCCCUUCAUUCUCAAAGGGACGAUUGAAUCGUUAACAAGGGUUCUGCGGAGAGCAUGCAUAAGUACCUCGACCGCAUCGCAACGGCGCAAGACAAGUUCUUAGCACAAGAAGUCAAAAUAUCAGCGACUUUUUACUACCUCGCCGCCCACAUCAGACUAGACUCAUGCUACGACAACAUUGUCCAGGUUCUCGAGUAACCUUGGCAAUCAGUUGGCAAAGGAACUACGAUGCAACACUAUUCCGGGAAGAACUUUGCCAACGUCGCGAAGCCAGCGAGACAAUUAGCAGCGUC